AACGAGCACGGUCAGGGCGUCUCUCACGCCAAGGACUCCCAGGUCCCCCAGAAGGUCCAGGAGAAGGUUCCCUCCGGUCUCGAGCAUCAGCUCCCCGACUCCGUCCACGACACAGGCAGCAACAAGGAGACAGGCAAGGUUUCCCACGCUACCGGCCAGUCCAUCGUGCCCCAGGCGCUUCAGGAGGGUCUUCCCGAGAAGGUUGAGAAGAUCGUUCCCAAUGCCAUCCACGACACCAGUGGGGCCAAG